GUAGAGGCUUUGGCCAAUCAGGCAAGGGUGUAAAGGCAAGACCUCAGUCUUGAAGGACAGUCAGUGGAGAGAGCAGCGGUCGGUCAGGAACCGGUUCCCCAGAGCGUUGUCCUGGAUCUCUCGGGAACACGUUGUUCGAUCUUUAGGCACAACAGUCCAGACACCCCGCCCCUCCUUCCUCCUGCAGGGCCCACCAGCUCAUGGAGCAGAUCAUGGAGACAGGGGCCAUUUUGCUCCGGAGUUACAUCUGUGAUCAAAUAGGACGAGGCGCAAAGUAUAUAGCUGAGCUGGCCCUAGAGUGGGUGUCCCAGGACCCACACAUCAAAAAACUGCUGAAAGUUCUCAAGCGCAUGGCACAAGAAGUGGACAAGGACAAGAAGCUGCAGAGGCUGAUGGGAAUGGACAGAGCCUUCACCCUUGAGGGCUUUACUGAAAUGGCAUGCCAUAUAUUUUCAGACGGCAUCACCUGGGACCGGGUUGCUCUCUUUUUCUACGUCGUCAGCAAAGUGGCGCUCAAGGCCGUGAUCGAGGACAAGGAGAUGCUGAUCAACCCUAUCGUAGGCUGGGCGCUGGGCUUCCUUCGUAAGCGACUGCUGACCUGGAUCCAGGAACAGGGUGGCUGGGACGGCCUCCUCUCACAACACAGUAAUCAAAUCAAGUGGCUCGCAGUGGCAGUGGCAGUGGCCUUCAUCGCAGUGGCAGUGGCCAUCAUUCCAAAGCAACAGCUGCCCUGGAUCCAGGAACCAGAUGGCUGGGAUGGCCUCCUCUCGAAACAUGAAGAGACACUCAAGUGGACGGCAGGAGGGGCAGAUACACUCGAGUGGAUGCCAGCAGUGGCAAUGGCCAUCGGGACCGGGCUGCUUGCCUUAGUCGGACUCCGGAGAACUUAGGCUGAGGCCCCAGCUGCCUUCAUCUCUGUCUUCUCAGCAUGAAUAUGGCAUGUUUCCAUGAAGGCUGAGGCUAGAGGCCCAUCCUUCCUUUUUUAUUGCCACCCCUUCUGCCUGUUGCUUCCCUCUACUCCAAAUCAUUCAAGUUUCGCAGGGAGAACCCCCAACUCUCAUUUUUCUUACUUUUGGAAUUAUUGGGCGAUUGGGGUGAUCUGGGGUGAUAAAACUUCAGGCCACACUUCCUGUCUGUGUCAUUCGGCUCACUCCCUGGUUGGUUCCAUCUCUUUACUGGGCGUGCCCCGUGCGCCCUGAGGGUCAGUGAUGAGCUGGGUCCAGGCUGCCCUCCAGGUGCCCACAUUCCCAACAGCACCUCCGUGGCACCCUGCUGCACCUCCCCCUGCAGUGACCCUCAGGGCUAAUGGCUGUUGCCAUGGUCCCUGAGGCCCGGCGUGGGCAAGGAACCAUGCCCGCAGGGGGAGAACAGCAAACUCCCUGAGAUGCAGAGAAGCCGAAUGCCUGCCAAGAGAUAACGACCACCAGAAGCCGCCACAAAGAUGAUUUAAAAAAAUGCUGACCACCUGGAACCUUAUCUCACUGUCUCAGAUCUACAAACUUUAUUUUGCUACAACUGUAUUUCUAAAAUCUUUCCCUUUUCUGGUCAUUAGUUGCUAAUUAAAAAAUAUAUAAAAAGGCUAAUACAAAUGAAACAUUACUAAACUCUGUGUAACAAUAGAAUUGUUAGUUUAAUGAUUUCUCUGUUGUGUCCUUGGCUUUGUUAGCUUUUAAUGAUAAAAAUAUUACUUUGUGAAAAGUAUAUUCACUGUUCCUAUGCUUUUAGAGAACAUAUAAAUACUGGCCACAAACCCAAAGAAAAUUACACUCAGAUUUACACUCUCCCUUGAAGUGUGUCUGUUUGUCAU